UCUGAAUAUAUAGGUACCUAUUCUACGGUAGAGUUAUUCAAAACGAACUCACCUGGGCACUCGUUGUUGAAAUUAAGGCUAUGGCAGAUCCAUUGUCACUGGCCCUCGGGAUCGCUCCCCUUUGUGUCACUGCGAUCGGUAUUUUAAUCCAGUUAUCAUCCAAGAUAAAGCUCCUGCGUCGCCAUGGUAAGGAGAUUGAGCAAAUCCGGAAGAAAUUUGAAAUCCAACGGGGUUAUUUUCUGGAUGAAAUCCAUCUACUCCUUCUCAAUAUACUUGACCGCCGGAUAGUUUCCGCCAUGAUAAGAGAUCAAAAGCAUCCAAUAUGGCAGGACAAAGGACUCGAGAAAAGUCUAAGAUCUUAUUUGGGCCACAAAUAUGAUCGGUUCCAAGAGAUUCUCAACGAAGCGCGGGAAACGAUGGAAGACCUCCUGGUGAAAAUCUCCACAUUUACUCAACCUGAAACUGCAGUGCCACUGUGGAAAUCUAUCCGGGAUGCAUUCCGAAUUGCUUUCAAGAAGCAAGAUUACCUAGAUUAUAUCGAAAUGCUGAAAGGGUCGAACACAGAGAUGCGAAUGGUCCGAGAGAUGAUCCCAAAGAUAAAGAACUAUCCCGUAGCAACAAACCUCCUUUCGUUACCCUCUGGGUACGAGAUAGUCCAAGAUAUGUCUCUGUCUCUGUAUGAUUUACUGCAGACUAGGGCAUCCUGCGAUACCGGCGUUGAUACUCAACAUAAUAUGAAGCUCCUAUUGAAUUCCACGGACGAGAAGAGCCCAAAGAUAAAUUUAUUUUUCGAGCAUAAGCUGCAGUUGCAAGGGAAAUUAUUACCGAUUUACGCAAGCUGCGAGGACCUGGCUCACAGUGGUUCCGGUAUAUCACUCUCCGACUCGAGCUGCGAGGUUAGCCAAACUCCAAGGCGACCGCGUAUCCGCGAUAAAGUUCAUAGUCACCAUCUCGUAACAGGCCAGUCAAAUGUUCCCUGCCUGAAUGACCAUGGCAAACAGGAUGAUGAAAAUCUGGCAAAAGCAGGCUUCAGUUGUGGGAAAUUGAUUCUUCGCUCUGUGGCUUUCUCGAAAUCCUCACCACAAUCUUUUGGUUUUCUCGACAUUAAGGGCAAUCAAAGGCUUGUCCUAUAUCCGGGCCUACAGGGGUUAGAAGUGAAUCCCAGUCAAUACACGCCCAUUCCUCUCACUGAUUAUCUACGAUUUCCCGUAUACGACGUUGUCUCGGAUACGGACCGCAUCAAACUCGGAAUCACCUUAGUGAAAUCUAUGCUAAAAUAUAAUUCAACACCGUGGUGGCCCCGAGAGUCCACACUCGGGCAAGUCUACAUCUUCCACAAUGGAGGUAGAGAUAUAUCUCCAUAUAUUGAUACCUUACAUCUUUUAAUCCAGGUUAGAAUGGCUUCAUCUGCAAUGGAAACUGUCAACUUGGCACCCACACCCCCAAAUGGAGAAGAUUGUCUUCCUGACUGCCCACUUUCAGAGCCAGUUCAAGAUGCUAUGGAGAACUACGGCAUAAGGAAUUUAACCCUAUAUGGCCUUGGAGUAGCACUUAUACAAAUUGGACUAUGGUCUGAUAUCCCAUGGGGAGACCACGUACUGGUCCGUAAAACGGUAGCGCAUCUCCCCUGUUUUGGGAAGAGGUACAAGAAGGUGGUUUCCAAACUGAUUAACUGCGACUUCGGCCUAGGCACGGAAGAUUUGAACGACCCGGAGCUUCGGUCCGCUAUUUUUAACGACAUUAUAGGAGAGCUAGAGUCGCUGCUCCGCACAUUGAUUAUAUGAUUAGAUGCUAUUCCGUCUACAUAACAGGGACAAAUCCACAGCCAAAUUUCAUUCUUGCAAUAUUUUGUUGGUUCCUAUAAUCAGAUGGGAAUAGCAUACUACAUAUUAUCAUUGACGACAAACCUGUAUUACUAGACAAAAGGGGGGUUACUAGCGUUGAACGUCGGUAAAACAGUUGGAUAUCUAAGCACCUACCUAUCUUAGGUAGGUAAACUAUCCUGCGACAAUAAUUAUAUGACAAAACGUAUAAUAUACCUAGGCAUGUAUAGGUAACACUGAAUUAAUUUCAUAAUUAGCCUCACCCUUAUAAUCGUUAAUUGAAGAAUUCGCCUAGUAUUUUGAAUACGUUACCUAUUUAAAGGGGCGGCUUAAGUUCAUUACUAAACCGAGAGGAUCGC